AUGAAUAAGAUAUUAACCAUUAAUAGUACCAUAAUAGAAAAUCCAGCUAAUAAGCAAAAGAGAUGGAGAAUAAAGAAAGAGAGUUCGCUGACCAAAAAUUCUAAGACUCCAAAACAAAAUAGGGUGAUCGAGUGUUUACACAAUUCAUUACAAAUUGCCGCCGCAGGACAGCAAUGUCAAACAAGGAAACCUCUUUCAAAGAGGCCCAGGAAGAGGUCUGGAAUGCCAAGGAACUUUGUAUUUGUGGAUUUAUCUCCUGUUAAAAACCUUGACGACUCGUCAGACGAGGAUGAAAAAACCAGUUUAGUCUCACCAACUACUACACCAGACACUACUGUUUUGGAUAACCAGAAAUUGAAUACUGCUUCAAACUACGAAUUGUCCGCCUCGAACGACUCUUUUCAGUCUCUGCAGUCCGAUGAAGAAUCUAUUUUCUCAUCGUUAGAAGAUUCGUCGAUCAUGUCCAAGUCUUCCACUUUCGGAAAUGAAUCUUACAUGCAGGAAUAUAACCAAAUUAAUACCCAUCAUACUGAAAACAAUGAUACCAUGCUUGGAUUAGGCUUACUUAAUAUGGACAUGUCAUCUAAUGCAGGCCAUUGGAUGAGUGAGAAUGCUGAUAUAUACCAAGAGGAUAUGAAUUUAGAACCUUCGGUGGCUUAUCACUCGCAUAUCAACCCAUUUCCGGAGAAUACUCAAUCAAGCAUUGAGCCUCAAUAUGAUAAUUUAAAGAGAUCAAACACUGUCCCUGAAUUACCUACACAGAGCAAAAAAACUAUUCACAAAAGGGCAAAGUCGACAAGCGAAGCUUCAAAGAAGAAGACUAGUUCGUCCUUACAAUUCAGAGCUUACAAAGCCCCUUUGGCUAAGGAGAAGAAGGAAGAGUUGUGCCAUAGACGCACAAUUUCGGAACCAGUAUUAGCCACUCCAAAAGAAACUGAUCUUUUAGAUUUUAUUGACUUCAAUAAUCAAAUGCACAUGGCUUUAAAUGGUGAUGAAUUCUCUAACAAAGCUAAUUUAGUGAUGUCAGAAUCUAGUAGUUUUACUCCAAAUACUGAAUACUCUGACGCUGAUGAUUACACCAAUGAUUUAUUAACGUCUACAAAUAUGGACGCUUUCUUAAUUGGAGGUUGUGGCUCCAAUGAAAUUAUGGGACAUAAUCAAUUUGAUUUCGAUUUCAAUUCUUAUGUUUCUUACUGA